AUGGCAAACAAUAGAAAAGAGCAGCUAACAAUGCCUCUUAUACAGCAAUAUCACAAGGCAACUGAACUAUCAGUAGCUCACAUCUACAGACUAAGACCUGAGGAACUAAGUUUAUUGUUCCUCAAAGAGCAUCUUGAAGUCCCACUAAACUAGGGAGAGAAGAGAGAAAGUUUGAUUAUCCUUGAGAAAGUCGGCCUUUACGAUGGUCUACUAAAGAGUCUCAGCACUGAGGCACUUACUGGCAUUAUCGGAGAUGAGAAAGAUAUCAAGCGCAGAUAAACUUUGUAUUAUAUAAUUUAAAUCUAAACACAAUCUUAUAGCUUUGGAAAGAAUGAUAGAAAACAUCCAGAAGUGAAACCAUUCUGGAGGUUGCUUCUAAAUUAGUUCGAGGACUAAACUCUUAGAGUACUGCUUGUCGCUGCUACUCUUACCUUGCUUAUUGGGUUAUUCUCCGAAAAAGACUAUCAAUGGGUUGAGGGUGCAUCUAUCUAUGUCGCUGUUGCAUUCAUCGCCAUUUUUACCUCAUCAUGCGAUCUUUUGAAAGAGAGACAAUUUUUGAAGCUUCACGAAGAAAUCAAAAAGCAAGAAGUUUCCGUUGUCAGAGGCCAAUACGGUCUAUCUCAACCAUGCAAUAUUCAAGACCUUGUUGUCGGUGAUAUUAUUCAUGUUGAAACUGGAAUGAGAGUUCCAGCUGAUUGCACACUCAUUGAGGGUCAAGAUAUUACCGCUGAUGAGACCAUUUAUAAUGAAGGCAGAGAACUAGUCAACAAAAAGGAAGUUUCAAAGGGAGAAGAACACCACAGAGAUAAUCCAGAUCCAUUCCUCCUUGCUAACUCACUAAUUAUGACUGGCUCAGGAAGAGCUGUUGUGUGCGCUAUUGGCAAGCACACCAGAUUCAGUAAAGAGUUCGAGGCUGAUAAGAUUUCUGGGGAAGAUAAACUCACUCCACUCCAAGAAAGAUUAGAAAAGCUUGCUGGUUACAUUGGAAAGUUCGGAUACGUUGCUGCUGCUUUGACCGUCUUCACAAUGACCUUGUUCUUAAUCUGCUAGAUUAUGUUCACAGACGAUGUCCUACUCUCUACAAAUACUCUUCAAACCCUCCUCAGAUAUUUCACUAUUGGUGUUUCAAUCGUUAUUGUUGCAGUUCCAGAGGGACUUCCACUUGCAGUGUCAAUUGCUAUGGCCUUCUCAGUGGACACAAUGAAGAGAGACAACUUGUUGGUUAAGAACCUUGAAGCCCCAGAAAUUCUCGGGCAAGUUCAACAAAUAUGUACUGGUAAAACUGCCACACUCACCAAGAAUGACAUGAAUGUAAACAGAUAUUAUGUUGGUGGAAAGCAUAUUGAGAGUAUUGAUUCUUCACUCCAUAGCUCAGGCAUAGAUGAAAAUGCUGUCAACAUUAUCGAGGAUUGCAUCAUUCUUAACUGCGACUCUAGAGUUGAAAUGAGCAUUGAUGCCAAAUACACCCCUGAGGGUAACGGAACUGAGGUCGGUAUGCUCAGAUUCUUACAAUAAAACAAUGUACCUAUCCAUGACAGAAUGAUUGCAAAGCAUAGAGAUGGAGAGCAUGAAUGCUCUAUUCCAUUUGGCCCAAUUAGAAAGAGACAAGUUGAAGUUAUCAGACCUUAUAAGGGAUGUGACUAUGUCAGAGUUGUCGUUAAGGGUGCUCCAGAAUAUGUUAUUAAACAUUGUACCAAAAUCAUGCAAACUGACAGCGAUGUAAGACCACUUGAUGAGGAUUAGAGAACUCAAAUCCUUGAAGGAGAAAUUAUUGAGAAGAUGGCUAAGUUCGGUCUCAGAACUAUCCUCUAUGCCUACAAAGAUAUGGACAGUGACUAUUGGGAAUAAUUACAGCUUCAAAAUAACAACUUUGCAAAUGAAUCAGACAGAUAUAUCAUUGAAUCUGAUUUAACAUUAGUCGCUGCUUUCGGUCUUAAUGACGAGUUAAGAGAAGGAGUGAAAGAGUCAAUUGAAAAGCUAGAAAAGGGAAGAAUUACCACUAGAAUGCUAUCAGGAGAUAACAUCCACACUGCUAUCGCAGCAGCUCUUAAGGCUGGUAUCAUAUAAGAAGUUGAAAUUAAGAGAGAUAACACAUGUAUGCUAGGUGAGGACUUCUUCAAGAAGAUCGAUGGUAUUAAGAGAGUUAAGAGAAACGGAGUCGAAGAAUGGAUUCCAGCUGACAUGAAUGAGUUCAAGAAGGUUGCCCAAAAACUUUUAGUUCUAGCCAGAGCUACUCCAGAGCAUAAAUUAGCUUUCAUUGGAGGACUUAAAGAAUUAAAGCUCCAAAUUGCCGUUACUGCUGACGGUAUUAAUGAUGCCAAGGCACUUGCAGCUGCUAAUGUUGGUUUCUGUAUGGGAAUCUCAGGAUGUGAAGUUGCCAAGGAUGCCUCAGAUGUUAUUAUUCUUGAUGACAACUUCAACUCAGUCUUCAAGGCUGUUUAAUGGGGAAGAAACAUCCUAGACAACAUCAGAAAGUUCAUUCAAUUCCAACUUUCAGUCAACGUUGUGUGCAUCAUCAUUGUUUUCCUUGGAGGUACUACCCUUGGAAAUCCAACUUUCAGCGUUACUCAACUUCUUUGGAUCAAUAUGAUCAUGGACACUCUUGCUGCUAUUUCCCUUGCAACUGAACCACCCCACCCAGAAGAAAUUAAACUUGAGAGACAAAAGAAAGGUGAGAAGAUUAUCUCACCUGCCAUGUGGAGAAACAUCGUUGGACACUGCACCUAUCAACUCGUUAUCCUCAUCAUUAUGCUCUAUACCGUUCCCUGGUGGUUCGGAAAGGGUUACAACCUCGUUGAUAACUCAAAUAUUGACUUCUACGGCUCAAAGCCAGGUGCAGAUGCCAAGAACAUUUAAGCAAGACUAUACAAGCUCCAACAUUACACCAUGAUCUUCCACACUUUCGUUCUUAUGAACCUCUUCAACCAAUUCAACAGCAGAAAACUCGGCUGGAAAGAUCUCAACAUCUUCGCUGGAUUCUUCAACAACUUCAAGUUCCUUCUUGUAGUUUUCCUCGAAUUUGGUUUCUAGUACCUCAUUGUUCAAUUCGGCGGCCAGAUCUUCAGAACUACCCCACUCGAAUGGGACUAACACCUCACCUGCUUCUGCUUCGGUCUUGGCUCUAUCUUUGUCAGCAUUGGACUUAAGUUCAUCCCACCAACUGAGAUGGGUAGAUUCAUGUAUAACUUCAACGAGAGUGGCUCAGAGGAAAAUGACUUCUUUGCUAAAAUUGGAGCUGCUAAGAAGAAUGAAAACGAUGAUAACCCCAAAAAGGAAGCUCUACUUGCAAAGACUAGUCAGUGA